GUCGGGGUGGGUGGUAGGUGGGAGAAGAGUUUGACUAUAGUCUUCCCUGGGCAUUUCACACACAUUCUGCACGCGCGCUCUCUCUCUUACACACACACACACACACACACACACACACACACACACACGCCCGGGCCCUCUCUCCGUGUGUCUUCAAGAUGACAGGACGCUGGAGAAAAGGCUGCUGGAAUCAGCUGGUGAAAGCCCAGCCUCUGUGGUUCUUAAUGCCUCAGCAGGAUUAUUUUCACUAAAGAUGGAAACACUGGAGUCUGAAUUGACCUGCCCAAUCUGCCUCGAGUUGUUUGAAGACCCCCUUCUGCUCCCUUGUGCUCAUAGCCUGUGCUUCAGCUGCGCCCAUCGCAUCUUGGUCUCAAGCUGCAGCUCUGGUGAAUCCAUUGAACCCAUUACCGCUUUUCAGUGUCCUACAUGCAGGUAUGUUAUCUCGCUGAACCACCGAGGCCUGGAUGGCCUCAAGAGGAAUGUGACUUUGCAGAACAUUAUUGAUCGCUUCCAGAAGGCUUCAGUCAGUGGGCCCAAUUCCCCAAGUGAGAGCCGUCGGGAGAGGACUUACAGGCCCAGCUCCACCAUGUCUAGUGAACGAAUUGCUUGCCAGUUCUGUGAGCAGGACCCCCCAAGGGAUGCAGUAAAAACAUGUAUCACCUGUGAGGUUUCCUACUGUGACCGCUGCCUGCGGGCCACACACCCUAACAAGAAACCUUUCACCAGCCAUCGCCUGGUGGAACCACUGCCAGACACACAUCUUCGAGGAAUCACCUGCCUGGACCAUGAGAAUGAGAAAGUGAACAUGUACUGUGUAUCUGAUGACCAAUUGAUCUGUGCCUUAUGCAAACUGGUGGGUCGUCACCGAGACCAUCAGGUCGCUUCCCUGAAUGAUCGAUUUGAGAAACUCAAGCAAACUCUGGAGAUGAACCUCACCAACCUGGUUAAGCGCAACAGUGAACUAGAAAAUCAAAUGGCCAAACUAAUACAGAUCUGCCAACAGGUUGAGGUGAAUACUGCUAUGCAUGAGGCAAAACUUAUGGAAGAAUGUGACGAAUUGGUAGAGAUCAUCCAGCAGAGGAAACAAAUGAUUGCUGUCAAAAUCAAAGAGACAAAGGUUAUGAAACUGAGAAAGUUAGCACAGCAGGUUGCUAAUUGUCGCCAGUGUCUUGAACGAUCAACAGUCCUCAUCAACCAAGCUGAGCAUAUCUUGAAAGAAAAUGACCAGGCACGGUUUCUACAGUCUGCAAAAAAUAUUGCUGAGAGGGUCGCUAUGGCAACUGCAUCUUCUCAAGUUCUGAUCCCAGACAUCAAUUUUAAUGAUGCCUUUGAAAAUUUUGCUUUAGAUUUUUCUAGAGAAAAGAAACUCUUGGAGGGGCUAGACUAUUUAACAGCUCCCAACCCACCAUCUAUCCGAGAGGAACUCUGUACUGCCUCCCAUGACACCAUUACAGUCCACUGGAUCUCGGAUGAUGAGUUCAGCAUCAGCUCCUAUGAGCUUCAGUACACCAUAUUCACUGGCCAGGCUAACUUCAUCAGUAAGUCAUGGUGUAGUUGGGGCCUGUGGCCAGAGAUAAGGAAAUGUAAGGAAGCAGUAAGCUGCUCAAGAUUGGCCGGGGCGCCACGAGGCCUGUAUAAUUCAGUGGAUAGCUGGAUGAUUGUGCCCAACAUUAAACAGAACCAUUACACAGUGCACGGACUCCAGAGCGGGACACGCUACAUCUUCAUUGUUAAAGCCAUAAACCAAGCAGGCAGCCGAAACAGCGAACCCACCCGGCUAAAAACAAACAGCCAACCCUUUAAAUUAGAUCCCAAAAUGACUCACAAGAAAUUAAAGAUAUCCAAUGAUGGAUUGCAGAUGGAAAAGGAUGAAAGCUCUCUGAAAAAAAGCCAUACCCCAGAGAGGUUUAGUGGCACUGGGUGCUAUGGGGCAGCAGGAAAUAUAUUCAUCGACAGUGGUUGCCACUACUGGGAGGUAGUCAUAGGUUCUUCAACAUGGUAUGCAAUUGGUAUUGCCUACAAAUCAGCUCCAAAGAAUGAAUGGAUUGGCAAGAACGCCUCUUCAUGGGUCUUCUCUCGCUGCAAUAGUAAUUUUGUGGUGAGACAUAACAACAAGGAAAUGCUGGUGGAUGUGCCCCCACAGUUGAAGCGUCUAGGUGUCCUCCUGGAUUACGACAACAACAUGCUGUCUUUCUAUGACCCAGCUAACUCUCUCCAUCUUCAUACUUUUGAUGUGACUUUCAUUCUUCCAGUUUGUCCAACAUUCACAAUAUGGAACAAAUCCCUAAUGAUCCUGUCUGGCUUGCCUGCCCCAGAUUUCAUUGAUUAUCCUGAGCGGCAGGAAUGCAACUGCAGGCCUCAAGAGUCCCCCUAUGUGUCUGGGAUGAAAGCUUGCCAUUAAGUAUCGAGAGAGCUUGUAAUUUACUGAUUCUCCAGUUCAGCACUUAUUUCCCUCUUGAGCCUCAUUUAGUGUUCAAUAUAUGAGAUUUUAAAAAGAAAAAAUAAAAUUUAUCUGAAGCACCCUAAAUAACUAGAUAUUGUAGAUUUAAUUUUGUGCAUUAGAGCUUAUAUUUGAAUUCAUGUAUUGAGUUUCUCAGAGCAGAUUAUCUGACCCAACUGGGUUCAAGCCAUUGGGGAAGAAAUUUAAAGAAUACCUUCAUUGUCACUGGAAAAUUUAAAAUUCCCAGUGCUUUUUGAAUAUAAAUGAUUCUAGAAGGAACUAGGGUAAUUCUAAAUAGAAAAUUUAGAAAGAAGCUCUUAACAAGGGGUUAGCCAGCCAGUAUGUAGGUUGGUGAUCAGCUUUUCUAAUACUGGCUAGUUUAGCCAAGUAGAAUUUGAACAGUGUCAACUUAUCACAUAUUGUAUGUCAUUUUUUAAUUUUUUAAUAAAUCUUGCAAUUAAAGAGAUUAUAACCACACAUGUAUAUAUGUAAAAUGACUAAAUUCAUUUUAUGCAUAAAAUGACUAAAUUCAUUUUACAUGCUACAUAUACAAGAUCAAGCUUUUAGACUAUUCAUUUGAUGAUAAAUAUACCAAAAGAGAAAAUAAAUUACACCAUCCAUUUUGUUCCCUAGGAAAACCAUCAAAAUUGAUUUCUCCCUUCUUUCCUUUUAUCUAUGCUUUCUUUCCUCUUGUUACACAUAUAUACACAUGCAAUCAAGGUAUAGGCAUUGAAAAGAGCUCUUGGUUGGAUUAGGAAAGAUUUAAGAACAAGAUUGCACAAGAGAUGCUAUUGCUUCAUAGAAAACUGAUCCUUCAGAUGUGUCCUAUGCAGCACAAUUUUGUUGAUACUACUUAAUAGAGAAGGUUCAUCUGAAUUGUUAAAAAUUUUGUCAUAGAGCAUUUCAAACAUAUAUAGUUUUAUUACUAUCAAAUACAUACAGUUAAUGGCUCUGGCUAAAAUACAGAGUUGCAUAAUAGGACUUCCUUAAAACUUGUCUUACAUGAUUAAUAAGAAUGCAAUAUUACAAGUGCAGCAACUAUUUGCAUAUAAAUGUACUUGUAUUUUCAGAGAAAACACUUUUGAAAUGCUUAAGAACACUUGAGAAUUGUUUGUUUCCUAAAUAGACUAAAUUACUUUUGCAAUCUUGUUUACGCUAUUCAUUUAUUUAGUUGUCCUUGUAAUGGCAAAGACAGACAUAAGUCCAUUCUAGGCUUCAUCAGGAGAAUUGAAGGGACUCAGAAUGAUCGGUGAUUUUGUUAGUUCUAUUACAGAGAGUGGAGAUGUCCAAGAAUGAGAGCUUUCUCCCAGAAGCUACAUCUACUUCUUUGGGAAUCUUGAAACAAUCAGUGUUAUGUAAUUAUGGAGUGAUAGCUGAAACAAUUCCCUGGAUUGGAGCCUUGAAGCAAUGUCAGAAGUUCUCCCCUUUUAAGUCAGGCAUGGUGGAUCACAUCUAUAAUCCCAUCACUCGGGAGGCUAAGGUAGGAGGAUAACUGUGAGUUCCAGGACAGCUUGUGCUAAAGUGUGACCCACUUCAAAAACCAACAAAAAGUUCUCUUUUAUUUCCACCAGAUUGGUGGAUACUCAUUUAUUAGUUUGUUAAAUGAGCUAUUAGAUGCCCAGUACCACAUCACUACUGUAAGACUGUGUCCAUAACUAAAAGAUAGUCUUGCUUCCAAUGACCUAUUCUUCUGCAGAAGAGAUAUCAUAUUUCUAUAAAUGGCACCUAGUAACAUUUAUGAAUUAUUUGCUCAUAUACCAUUGAAAGAAAGGCUGAUGUGGAUACAAAAGGGAAGCUUAAAUUUACUAUCAAGUGGCAAAGUCAGUUGCUUUGACUUUUAAAACCAUAUUUACUUAGCAGAUAAUUAGAAAAUGAGCAGCCUCCAUAGGAUUCAGCAAGGCUGGCAACCAGUUUGUACUAGAAAUCUCAUAGCUUUGGUAUUAAAAUAAUUUCAGCUUCUCUGCUACUUAACUUGUAGUAUAAACUCAGGAAAACAUUUCUCUGAGCCUUUUUCCACUUCCGUAAAAUAAUACCUACUUCAUAAGUCUGGUUCAAAGAUUUGAAAAGCUAGUGUGUGCAAACUGCCUAGCAAAACACCUGGCCUUUAGUAAGUGUGACAUCAAUAUUAAUCUACCUUCCCCAAACGAUUCAUUUAUUUUUGCAUCCCUUAGAUUUUGGUUCCUGGAAACAGAGCUUUAAUCUCUCUUUUAUCUACUUUUUUUUUUUUACUUUUUUUUUAAUCUACUUUUUUCUGUAACCUGGACUAUUUUUUUUUCACUCCUCCUUUUCAACUAGCUUAACUCCUGACCACCAGAACUGGCAUACACAUCCCUCUUUGGUGUUCCACUGGCACCCUAAACACCCUCCUCUCUCAUCAAUAAUCACAUUAUGUGGCAGUGUUUCUUAGAUGCCAUUCUUAGAACAUAUAUAUCCGAAUCACCCUUGGCAAAUAGUUUAUUAAUACAGUUGAGUUUUGGAUCCCACUCCUGAUCUACUUAAUUAGAAUAUCUGGGAAUAUAGGAGGAAAUUUACAUUUUGAGAAGCUUCUCAGGUUAUUCUGAUGCACACAAGUUUAAUGUAUAAUAAUUAUCUUCCCUUCUAGAGUGGGAAUGCCUUGAGGGCAAGGACUGUGUCUGUUGUUUGUUGUUGUAUUUUUAAUACCUGGCACUGUGUCAGGAACAGAGUAGAUGCCUGGCUAAUGUUUGUUGAAAGAAUGUAUGAAUGAACAAAUGAAUAAUCAAUAUUUCUCCCAUUGACUGUGUUGUAUGUAGUGGUAUUUGUUAUUCCUUGUCAGGUUGCUUACUUCUUCAUUUGGUCUGUAUUGAUAUUUUAUAGCUGUCCCAGAGCUUAUACAUACAAAUGAACAUUGUUCCCAAAAACACUUGGGCAAUUAUCUUGGAGAAUUGUCUAGGAACAUGUGGCACUGUUCUCCUAAUAACAUUUCAUGUUUUCAAACUUUGUUCAUUGUUAUAUUUAUGUCUUGAUUAUAGGCAGAAUUAAGCCUACUAAAUAAACUUAGAAAUAAAAUAGGUUUGAGGUAAGCAAUGAAGCUUGAUUCUAGAGUCCCAACUUCUGAGCCAAAUAAUGAAAUGCCUCUAAGAUACAACAUAGUGGCAAAGUACUCAGAAGGAUAUGGUGGGUCCCAGAUAUUAAUUUCAGUGAACCUAAGACUUUCAUUGAAUUCUGGCAAUGCCAGAGACCUUAAGCAAAGCCAUUGGCUACCUCUAGCUAAUUCCAGUUGCACAAAAGGAACAGAACCUGUACUUAACAUCUUCAAGGAAGGGGCAUCUAUAAGCUUUGGUGUUAUUGCUUUACUAUUCACAAGUCUUUCUCCUAGAAAAUUACUUUCUGUCUGCAAUUUAUGCUUGUUUCCACUUUUUAUACUGUCUUAUCAAAGAAAGCACAAAAUAAAGCUAAGCCUGUUUAAGAAUAUGAAAGAAAGAAAUUUUAAUGCUAUAUUGAGGUUCUGGCUACUUGUAAGAGUAACUGCAUCUGGUGUGUUUUUAUUAUGUAAUUCCAUUGUGUGUAUCUUUGGAUGCAGUGCAGUUCAGAUUGCAGCAAAAUCACAUAUACAUGCUUUUCAGCUUAAAAUAUUCUAAGUAAAAUUUCUAAGCUUCCAUGGUUUACAUAUUUAUGAACGACUACCUGGGUGGAGCAAGUCAUGGAUGGACUUUUGAAUAAGCUCAAAUGUUUGAAACCUUUUCUUCAAAAGAACAAGAAUGUGAGGCAGGUAGAUAUGAACCACUCCCACUCUUACUUCUAGUUCCUGAAGUCAAUUCCAGCCUGAGAGCCAUUGGGCUGUAUUUGGCUGUACUAUAAGUUGGCUAGACUUAUUGCCAUCAGGCCAGGUAAAACUGUCUUUCAUGGUGUGGUCUGCCAGCUUAAAACAUAUGCUGUGUUAUUGUUAUUGGCUAGAAUAUUUAUUAGUCUAUUGUUGAACUAUUUUUUAAUCAAAUGCUUUACCCCAGGCUUGUUUGUACUGGGAGCUUUGGGCCAAUAGUGUCUCUCUUGGUGGCGGAAGUAUGAGCAUCUGUGGAUUACACAGUCUCACUCCUCUCUAAAUAUCCCAGUCCAUCCCAAAUGCUAUAUUAUGAAUUAAAUAAAUAUAUAUGUAUUCAUGAA